AUGGGGGGGAUGGGGGGGUUUGGUGGGAUGGGGGGGUUUGGUGGGGGUGGGUUUGUGUAUGGUUGGUGGGGUUGGGGUAUGGGGUAUGAGUGGUGGUGGUGGGUGGGGUUUGGGGGGUUGGUGGUUUUGUGGUUUGGGGGUUUAGAGAAUGUUUGGUUUUGGUAUAUAGGUGGUGGGGUGUUGUGCUGGGUGGGUGAGGAGGUUGUAGAGGGGGGUUGA